ACAUCGCUUUUGUUGCCUUCUGCCCGCCGCUGCUGCUCUCGUCCAACCAGCUACCAACAGUGGACCCACACGCAUUCGCCCAGACCUCUUCCCUCCUGAUGCCUAACAGCCCGGAUCACUCCAGUCCAAGCAAUUAUCCGCACCAUGAGGCAUGUGACAAUAGCGAGAGGGAGGGCCAACAGGCGCCUCUUGGCCUGGCUGGAGUCCCUGGAUGGAGGACACGUGGCAGCAUGGUUCAGGCAGAAGAAACAGAGCGCCCGAUUGGGCGACCACUAUGCUCUUUGCAUUCUCUUCGCCCUCACGUUCGGCCCGAGCCUCAAGCCUCGGGGCCUCCGAACCUCUGUCCAAAUCAAACCCUCCCCGAAGCAGACACAUCAGCUGACGGCGGCCUAUCCGAACCUGACCCCCCCGAACCCCAACAUGCCAGACUCCUCCACCUUGUUGAAGCAGAGUCCAGACCAGCCGAACUUACCGAGCCUAGAGGGCUUCAGCGUGCCGAGCCUGGAGCUGGCUCCGGCUCGGCCAGAGCUAGACUUUCCGGAGCUGAGGCAGAUGGGCAGACGGGCUCGGAAGCGAUUCCUGCGCGAGUCGAGGGAGAGGAAGGGGCGGAUUCAGACCAUGGGGGAGUUUGAUGUGCUCUUCACCCUGCCGCCUCCCUCCCUCCCUCCUCACUCACCCUCUCCUCCUCCUCCCUCUCUUCCUCACUUGCUCUCUCCUCCUCCCCUUUCUCCUCCUGAUUCCAAGUCGCCUGGUUUAUGUUGCAAGAGAGUUUUAGAGGGUGGUGCAACUGCUGCUGCUGAUGAUUGUGGUGGAGAUACAGCUGCUGUUGCAGCUGUUGAUUCUGCUCCUCCUGCUGCUGCUGCUGCUGCCGCUGCUAAUCCCGCCAUUGGACUUGAGGAUGCAGCCGCAGCAGCCUCAGCUGUGCUCCACCACUGGGAGCUUUCCGUGAAGUUUCUCCUCUUCGUGGGCUCGUGGGACGAUGCACUUGCCAUCUUCUCCCGCCGGUUCCAUCCCACUCAGAGCAGCAGCAGCAGCAGCAGCAGCAGCACCACCACCACCACCACCACCAUCACCACCACCAUCACCACCACCACCACCAGUAGCAGCAGCACCACUAUCAGUGGUAGCAGCAGCAGCAGCAGCAGCAGCAGCAGCGGCAGUGAAGCAGCACCUGACUGGCUGCUGGGGCAGUACCUGGGCCCCCACCUUAUAACGAGGAUGUAUGGAGUUGAGGGUACUGGGGGGGCGGCAAUGGAAAAUGAAGGGAGUAGGGAGAGUUGUGGGGUGGAUGGGAUUACAGAGAGCUGUGGAGGGAAAGAGAUAUUAUCCUCGUUACAAGCAGCAGCGCUGUUACAAGGGUACUUGUUCUAUGAGUACCCCCUGUGGCUGAAACUGAGAGAGAUGGAGGAGGGCUGGAGAGAGAGAGGCGCCAAAUUUGGGACCGUUGCUACCAGGGGCGAUUCUGAGAUAGGGGGUAGAGCAGUAGCAGCAUCAGCAGCAGCAGGAAGAACAGCAGCAGCAGCAGGAGACACAGCAGCAGCAGCAGCAGGCACAGGAGCACCAGCAUCAGGAGCAGCAUUUUAUGGAGAAUGUGCCGUGUUCCCCUGGCACUGGUACGGGUGGUGGACGCAUGAUGCUGCAGCCAUGGUGCAGCUGCCCAAGCAUGCCCACUCCCGCUGGUACAUCAUGCCCAAAGACGAAUGGCUCUCGCCUGUGCUGGUCCCAGAUGAGACACCCCCCUGUCUAUUGCCUCCAGAUACCACCUCCCCUGGAACCCACCUAGAUGCUGCCUGUGCAAGUGCUGACCUGGACGCUACCUUCCCCGAAGCCCACCAAGAAGCAACCUGCUCUGGUGCUGAUGACCUAGGUGCCUGCUUCCAGUCUUGCCCGGAUGGAAUUGCAACGCCAUUGACAGGAAACCUUUUGCUUCAAAGUUAUUUACAAGUGCUCCGAAGAGGCUCGGUUGAGGAAUCUUCCCAGGAAGCUCCGUUUCUUGGUUGCUGAGCUGGAGUGGGACUCACGGUAUCAGUUUCAGGAGGAGACGAAUGGUGAAAUGCGUGAUAGCGAUGGAAGUGAGGGGCUUGAGCAUUGUGAUAGGAAGGGAGCUUGGUUGAGGCUAGCAGGGGAUUUAUUGUUGAGAAGGGUUGGCCUGAUAGUCGAAACCAUCCUCCACAUGGAUUCGUUUGGAGAGAAGAAUGUAACAUUCCCUUUUGGU